CAUACAUUCAGUCAGAUUUUAAAACUCGAACGAGACACCACGUUCCUUUAAAUUUUUCAACAUUUACUAACAAUCAUACAUAGGUAACGUGGUGAUAAAAACAAACAAAAUUUAUUUUUAAAAAAAUGUUAUAGAAAAAUCAAUUGACAUUUGUAUAUAUAUAUAUAAAAAAAAAAAUAAAAAACUUAAAAACACAAUUAAUAUUACUUAAAUUUUUCAAUUAAAAAAAAAAAAAAAAAAAAAACUAAAAUGGCUUAUGAUGAUGUCAUAUUACGAAUGGGAGAAUUUGGAAAAUAUCAAAGACGAAUUUAUCUACUUUUGUGUCUUCCGGCAAUAAUUUGUGCAUUUCAUAAAUUAGCUGGAGUUUUUCUUGGUCCAAAAGUGGGAGUACGACGUAUUAUGUCAACUGAAAAUCCUUGCAAUUCAACAUUUGAAUUACCAGAUGAUAUAUUAAAUGCUGUUUAUCAAUGGGAUCAAAAAAUAAAACCAACUCAAGCAUGUAAAUUUCGUUCAAUAAAUGAAACAAAUACAUAUUAUUCAAGAAUACUAGACAGUGGAGGUGAUGAUACAUGUAAAAAAUUUGUUUAUGAUACAAAAACUUAUCAUACAACAACUACUGCUGAGUGGGAUUUGGUGUGUGAUAGAGCAUGGCUCAGAACAACAGGAGACUCAUUAUUUAUGGUUGGAGUCAUGGUGGGUUCAAUAAUAUUUGGUAGUUUAUCUGAUAAAUAUGGUCGUCGUCCAAUAUUUUUUCUCUCUUUAGUCAUUCAACUUGUUGGUGGAAUUCUCGUUGCAAUUGCACCAGAAUAUAUAUCAUAUGUAACUCUCAGGCUUAUUGUUGGAUCAACAACAAGUGGAGUAUUUUUAGUUGCCUAUGUUAUUGCACUAGAAAUGGUAGGACCAAAAAAACGUUUAGUUGCUGGAGUUGGAUGUCAAUUAUUUUUUACAACUGGAUAUCUUAUAACAGCUGGUCUUGCCUAUUUAAUUAGAGACUGGAGAACACUACAAAUUGUAAUAACAUUACCAAGUUUUCUAUUUUUAUUUUAUUGGUGGUUUAUUCCUGAAUCAGCACGUUGGCUACUUACAAAAGGUAAAUCAGAAGAAGCUAAAGAUUUAUUACAAAAAGCAUCAAAAGAAAAUGGUGUUGAAAUACCAAGAGAAACAUUAAAUUGUCUAUUAAAUGAACAUACUGAUGAAAAAAGUGGAUUAGCUGAAAAAGCAUCAUUAUUUGAUCUUUUUAGACAUCCAAAUUUAAGAAGAAAAAGUAUUCUAUUAUUUUUCAAUUGGCUUGUUAAUAGUGGAACGUAUUAUGGUUUAUCAUGGCAAGCAUCAAGUCUUGGUGGUAAUGAUUAUAUGAAUUUUUUUUUUUCUGGUCUUGUUGAAGUACCAGCAUAUACAUUUCUUAUAUUUACACUUGAUCGUUGGGGUAGAAAAUUUAUACUUUGUGGUUGUAUGAUUAUUGCUGGUGUUGCACUUCUUGCUACAGCAUUUGUACCUGAUGGUCCACUAACUAAUGUACUUGUUAUGAUUGCAAAAUUAUCAAUAACAUCAUCAUAUGGUGCUAUUUAUAUUUUUACUGCUGAACAAUUUCCAACUGUUGUAAGAAAUGUUGGACUUGGUGCUAGUUCAACAGUUGCUAGAGUUGGUGGAGUACUAGCACCAUACGUUAAUGAACUUUCAAUUUAUUGGCAGCCACUUCCAUUUGUUUUUUAUGGAAUAAAUGUACUAAUUGGUGGUGCAUUGUCAACUCUAUUACCCGAGACAUUAAAUAAAAAAUUACCAGAGACAAUUGAUGAUGGUGAAUUAUUUGGAAAAAUUUAUAGUAAAAAAGAAAAAAUACACAGGGAUGUUGGACAAUUGGGUGAUAAUGAACUAUUAAAACCACUCAAAACUAUUGAAAAUGGAAUUCAUGAUUUGAAACAUAAUGUAUGAUCAUACAUAAACAAUGAUCUCUUCAGUAUUUUUUUUUCUUUCGUUUUAAAUAGAAUUUUGAGUACAUGUGAUAUAUUUUCAAGUGAAGUAUUUUAAUAUUGCUGAUAUAGAAAAAAAACAAAAACAAAAAAUUGAUAUACGACAUAGCUUGAUUAUUAUCUUGAAUAAUUUCAUUAAUUAUUUAUAAUAUUGUUGAUUAAACAAUUUAAAAAAUUUUAAUCAAAUUUUAAUAAUAAAAAACACACAAAUUUUAUGCAAUUUUGUUAAACGGUAUUAAAUAAUAAUCCGUUGCAAAUGUACUGAUUUUGAAAAUGUAAAAAAACGAAAAAAAAAAAAAAACCCGUUAUAUAUUUGUACUUUUUCAAAGAAACUUUUUUUUACUAAAGUAAUGUUGAAACUUGAAAUACAA